UGUCAAAUUUAUGUUUUCAUUUUGUGCAGAAGUGACCUACCUUUAGUCAGAUAAUUAAGUAAUUAAGUUUUAUGCAGGUCCAAGGAUAAAGUCGCUCAUGGAUAUGUCUCAAUCAGUGACAUUUAUAGGUCUCCGUGAACUGUCAGUUUAGUGUUGUUGUUGCUGUUCAAUGUUGCACUGGCACGUUGCAGCAAUGAUGAAUUCACAGUGAUCAAAUCACGGUUUGGUUAACAACAGAUGAGUGCAUUUCCAGGGACAUAUUGAAUUUUCUAGCUUCUGUAUCAAAAGAAGAAGAUGUCACUUCAAGUUCUUGACGUUUGCCGAAAGACAUCAGGCAAAAUCUGGCAAAGGAAACCUAUUCCAAAUGAUGAUGGGUUGAUGGUGAGCAUCACACACAAUAUCUCCAGUGCUCUCCCUUUAUCAGCAAGAAACAUCAGGUUUCUGCAGGCUGACUUUGACUCAACAGGAGAAACUUUUAUUGCUGGGGAUCACCAGGGAAACAUUUUUGUUUUUGAUCUUAGCAGAAACAGAUUUUCUCUGGUACAAAGAACUGGUUCACCAUGUACAGCAUUAGCAUACAAACUGAGGAGGAAAAAUGAGCUUCUGGCUGGCAUGUCAGACUACUCUCUGAAGUGUUAUGACACAGAAAGUAAAGAGUUGGUAGCAUGGAUGAAGGGACAUGAUUCUGCUAUUUAUCAUAUUUCUCUUCAUGCCUCUGGUCGGUAUGCCCUGACCUCAUCUUCUGAUGCUGCUCAGCUUUGGGAUCUUGAUCGUUUUGAGAGAAAACGUAAACUCAAUAUCAAUGAAAAUGUGGGUAUUGUUAAGGUGUUUUUUGUCCCCCUGAGCAAUUUGAUCAUCACCUGUUUUAAGGAUGACACCAUCUUUGCCUGGGAGUCUGAUACUUUGACCUGUAAAUAUCAGUUACACGCCCCUCCUGGAAAGCCCCCAAACUACAGGGAAUUUGCUGCCACAAGAGAUGGACGGACAUUAGCGGCUGGAGGAAGGUCACGCUUCGUUCAUCUCUGGAAUCUGGACACUCAUCAAAUACUCCGGAUCAUAGAGCUGCCUAAAAAAGUUAUGUCUGUAAAACAGCUGGAGUUUCUGCCGGAGAACUUUGAUGGUGGAGCCAGUCAGAUCCUGGGAGUGGUAUGUCAGGAUGGUAUUGUGCGUUUCAUCAGCAUCGUCUCCUGUAAACUGUUGUUUGAUGUCGGCAGCCAGCAGCAGAGAGUCAGUCACAUGACCAUCAGCCCCAACGGGCGACACAUCGUCUGUGUGAUGACCGAAGGCAAUCUACACGUAUACAGUGCCUGUGGGCUUUAUCAGGAACUUAACAGGCCUCCCCCUCCCCUGGUGAAAGUGGUUGAGUCUAACAAGAUGUCAGAGACCGUGUCCACAAAAAGCAGUGAGACUCCCAGUGCGAGGUCACGCUGUUCUGUCAGGAAGAUGAAGUCUGUGUCAGCUAGUCAAGAGGGAGAUAACUCUGAGACAACAGACAUACCAGAGGGACUUGAUGUGGACAGGCUAUUUGCUAUCCUCAAAGGAUACGGGGAAUACCCUGUGAAGUAUAGAAUGUUUAUCUGGCGUUCGUUGUUACGCCUGCCAGAAAACCAUGCUGCAUACGGUGCCUUGGUGGACAAGGGGAACCACCCUGCUUAUUCCAAAAUUCACGAGACCUAUCCUGUCAAAAGUCGGAAACUACUGCGGAUUUUACAAAGGAUACUCUCAGCCUUGGCCCACUGGUCACCCAUCUUUGGGGAAACUCAGUAUCUGCCCUCACUGGCCUUCCCGUUCAUCAAACUCUUCCAGAAUAACCAUCUAGUCUGCUUCGAGAUGAUUGCAUCCGUACUGGUUAACUGGGGAGCCCACUGGUUUGAGUAUUUCCCCAACCCUCCAAUCAAUAUACUCGGCAUGAUAGAGAAUGUGCUGGCCUACCAUGACAGGGAUCUGCUGCAACACUUUGUCAAGUAUAAAGUCACCUCUCAGGUUUUGGACUCAGCCACAUUAUCCAAGCAUGUACUAUCGCAGGUCAGGAUUUAUGCUUGGCCACUGUUGGAGUCCCUGUUUUCAGAAGUGCUGACCAGAGAAGAAUGGCUCUCUCUGUUUGACAAUGUCUUCAGUAACCACCUGUCCUUCCUCCUGAUGGCUGUGGUAGCCUAUGCCACGUGUGCCCGGGGGCCUCUUCUUCAGUGUAGAGAGCUGGAUGACUUCAAGUACUUCUUCCACCAUCGUAACUCCGUGGACAUCCGUCACAUGAUCAAAGAGGCUUACAGGCUGUGGGAGGCAACUCCUAGUGACAUUGACCCAAAGAAUCUUUUAGAAGAGUACACUCCCUUGACGAAAGGACAGUAUCCUGUGUUCAACAAAUAUCCUAAAUUCAUCGUCGACUACCAGGUUCAAGAACGGGAGAGAAUCAGACAAGAGGAGAUUGACUUCCUGAGACAGAAACAAGCAUCGUUGAGCUUGGAGAAGGAGACUCUGAUGCGUAAGAAUGAGGAGGAGGCCUGGUACAGACAGCAGAAAUUACUGCUGGAUGCGGAGGAGAAGAGGAGGAUGAUGAUACAGGAUGAGGAGCAGAAACUGGCUGCUCAGAGGAAACGUGUGAAUGCAAUGAUGAGGGAGGUGAAGUUAAAGGAGUUGAAGCUUCUGGAUGCAGCACGCAGGAAGUUCCUGCAGUUCCAGAAGACGCAGAGAGAGGCAGAGCUCAAGAGACUCGAUGAUGAAGUGCAGAGGAAGGCUCAACAGAGGGAUCUGGAAACUGAACAGGCUGUAGAAGAGGCACAGAUCAGACAUAUGGAGCUUCAGCUGCAGAAGAAGAUGUUUGAACAGGAGUUGUUCAGAGAUUAUGCGGAUGCAUCUCAUCAACUGAGAACAGAAAAAGAUCUGAGACGUAAACAAGAAGAGCUGGAGAACUGUAUCCAGCAGCGGAUCAAGGAGGCAGAGAGGGAGAGAGAGCAGGAAGUGAGGAAGGUACUGAAUGAGAACCUAGCGCGUCUGUGUCAGGGUACCAUUGACGCUGAGGCUCAGACAGGGACAGAAUUAAGACAGAGGAUGGAGGAUCUGGACAGGGAGAUGAAACAGGUUCAGUUGACAAAAAUGACAAGAGAAAACAGGCGGCUAGAAGAAGAAGUACAGGCAUUGAUGAUUAAGUGUCAGGAAAAUGAGGAGGACGAGACAAGGGCUGCUGGGAUAAACCUGGUUGAGCAGCGCCACCUAGCAGCAGGGUGUGAUGACAGACGCUACAGACUGAUGGAGCAGGAGAUCACUGAGGGCUUUGAUCACACCCAGAAACUGAGGAGAAAUGCCCAGAUCCUUAUGGAUGGUCUGCCUGGUACAGAGCAAGUCAGUGACCAGCGGAGAAUCAUCCUAAAUGAGUCAAGUGUCACACCGUCUGAACAGGGCUCGCUUAGCCAGAACUGGAGGUCAAUGGAUGAGAAAGAACAGGAGCUAUUGGCUGAGGUGCGGCGAAUGAGACACCGGCUAGCAACAGAGAACCGCACCAAGAAACCACCACCUGUCCCACUGGAUGAUUCAACAUAGUUAUUAUGUGGCCAUGUUGCGAGUGGUCAAGGUUACACAGAUGUAUUUCAGUCAGGAUCUGUGAUGUGAUUGGAAGACACUUGGAAAGACAUGUCUCAUUGGAAGGUUCAGCAUAGUUAUGAUGGCUGUGAUUGGUUAGUAUUAUACAAAACAUGUUGAGGAACUGAUGUGAUUGGAUGAAAUAACAACCACCUGUUUCAUUGGAGAAUUCUGUUCAGUUGUCAUAUCAACAUAAACAGACAUGUCCUGUUGCAGGCUGAUAGGAUGGAUGGCAGUAUACAGGCUUUAUGCGGACCAGCCUUACACUUUAACCUACAUGCAUUGUGCCCGCUCUUAAACCUUUCCUUGAUUUCUUGUAAUCUUUACUAAUUUAUACAUCAGAGAGUAUUACUAUUAUUGUGGUGAUUCAGUAUUCAGCCUUACAACUGUGUGUGCACAAGAGGGUUGCCAACACAGUGCAUCUGCCUUUAGUUUUGGCUAGCAGUCAACUCAAGAAAACAACACACAACAGGCCUCAUCAUUACCAUGAAUAUGCAUUUAUUGUACAUAAAACAACUGCCUGUGCAGAUUUCAUGAAAAUAUAUGGUAAAGCUGUCAUAAAAAUAUUUGCUAGGCUAUAAUAAGAAACAAAAUACAGAUGUAGCU